AUGAGUCGCCUCUACAGAUUUAGCCCCAAAGCUCUUAUUCCCCUGGUAAUCCUGCAGGGGGCAGCUGUAGUGCUCUUCUGCAGCUGGUAUGCUCAGAUUGACCCCUUCCGCUUAUCUCAACCCAAAGUUCACAUUCUCCUGCUGUCGUCAUGGCGAUCAGGUUCAUCCUUCCUGGGCCAGGUUUUCAGUCAGCACCCGUCUGUUUUCUAUCUCUCGGAGCCCACUUGGCACGUGUGGACCAAAGGGUGGAAAUCUGGCCUACGAGCUCACAGAUUUGCAGUGAGGGAUCUCUUAUGGCAUAUUUAUCAUUGUGACCUCUCUGUGAUGCGUUCCUACCUUUCAGAAAAACACAAUGUGUCCUCUUUGUUUAUGUGGACUCAAAGCCGGGCGCUUUGCUCGCCACCGGCCUGCCCCCUAAUGGCUACCAACCACACUCAGUGCCUACAGAGAUGUGAUGCUCAGGGUUUGAAGAAGGUGGAAGACACCUGUCAUGGACACUCUCAUAUUGUGAUUAAAGAUGUAAGAUUUUUUGAGCUGGAAUCUCUUUAUCCCCUUCUGCAAGACCCCAACCUGGACCUCCGCAUUGUUCACCUAGUUAGAGACCCUCGGGCUGUGAUGCGGUCGAGAGAGAAUUCAGCCAAGGCUUUACGUAGGGACAACGCCAUUGUCUUGGAGCAUCGAAAGGUUCCAGAGGCCAAUGUGCAGUACGAAGUCAUGCAGGAGGUCUGCCAGAGCCACAUGCGGAUCAAUGAAAGAGCAAAACUGAAACCACCCCCGUUUCUCGAAGGUCGCUACAAAAUGAUUCGCUUUGAAGACGUAGCACGCAACCCUCUGAAGGAGAUAAACAACAUGUACAAGUUUGUAGGAUUAAAGUUAAACAGAAAACUUGAGGACUGGGUCUACAGAGUGACACACGGAAAGGGUCAAGGCACUUUUAAGGAAGCUUUUCAGAUCACCUCCAGGAACGCCACUGAGGUCUCGCAAGCUUGGCGCGUAACAAUGCAACACAGCAAGGUGAAACACAUUCAGGAGGUGUGUAGAGGAGCCAUGUCGCUGCUCGGCUACAAGACAGUUCACAGCAAAGAGGAGCAGAGGAGACUCGAUGACGAUCUGCUGGUGCAACGGCAGUUCACCUGGAGGCUAGCUAAAACAUGA